AUGUCCUCCUCCUGUCUCCCGUGGUGCCUGCUGGUGGUGUGUGUUCUGACUGUGGUCCAGAUCUAUGCAGCAGAGGAACGUAAGGUCCUCAAGGUGUUCAACCUCAGAGCCAGCGACCUGAACAGUGGCUUGUUCCAGACCCCUGAUGCCUACGUCAAGGUGUUUAUGGGCUCUGGCUACGGUGGGAAGACAGAGGUAAAGAACAACAACCAUGACCCCUGGUGGAAGGAGGACUUCAACUUCUUCAACGCCAUUGAGAACAACCCACUGAGGCUGGAGGUGUAUGACAGUGACGUGCUCUUCGACGACCUGCUGGGGACCUGCGAGCGCUCCAUUAAGAUCGGAACUUGGCAACAUCAAUGUUUCCUGAAGAAGGGAGGGAGCCUGUACUACUCCUACACUCUGGAGCCCCUACAGUAGACACUGUACUACUCCUACA